UGCCAUCCGCAUGUCAUCACCAUCACCAUCACCAUCACCAUCACCAUCUUUUCUUCUCUCUCUCUUAAACUGACGAAGAAGAAGAAGAAGCUCUCAGUGCUGCUUCCAUGGAAGAAUUCACGCUUGUCUAGAGAGAGAAAGUGUGAGGUUAGUUAUUGAAGAGUUGGAGAUGGAGUAGAGAGAGAUUGAUGGGGAAGUACAUGAGGAAGAGUAAGGGAAUUGGAGAGAUUCAAGUAAUGGAGGUUGCGUAUGUCGGUGUGAGGACCAGAGCUAGAGCUUUGGCUAUGGACGCCGAACCGAGGUCCGGCACUGCCAAGAGGAGGAACGUCGUCGGCGGCGCCGGCCGUGGAGAAUUGAAGUUCUCUUCGUCGUUAAUUCAGCUGAGAAGCCGCCGGCGAUUGGUGGUUACGCCGGCUGAUAUGGAAGGUUCUGGACGACGGACGGUUUCGAAUGGCCGUUGCUCGAGCCCUGUCUCCGAUCGUGUUCCGGCUUCUUGUUGCUCGAGUAAUGCAUCGAGCGAGUUCGCGAAGGAGAGCUUGAAAAUCGUAGAUCUGGAGGAGAACAGUGUUCAAUUGGAAACAUCGACGUGUGAAUUCAACUGCAGAGAAAGGAGAGAGAUGGCACCGUCGAGCCAGCUUCAGGCAGAAUCAGGGGAGCUGGAGUCAUCGGCGAGGCUGUCGGAAGCAAAUUCUGGCCGCAGAUUGACGGCCGACAAAAUGCCUUCAGAAACCGAAAUUGAAGAAUUCUUCGUAGCUGCUGAAAAGAGCCUCCAGAAACAAUUUACAGAGAAGUAUAACUAUGACAUUGUGAAGGACAUGCCCUUGGAAGGUCGUUACGAGUGGGUUCGGAUAAAGCCAUGAAGAAGAAGAAGACCACAAUUGGCUUCUCAAUCUGUUUCUCUGGGACUUUGGUUCUCUAGUUGAUGUACAGUUGUCUCUCUCUUUGUGGAAGAAGAAGAAGAAGAAGAAGAAGCUCUCUGUCUGUGUGUUCUGGUAUUGGAUUAUAUAUAUGGAGAAGCUUCUGCAAGAUCCAACCAUGAAUAAAAAAAAAAGUUAGUUUCUAGCUCUAAAUUCCAUGUCUGCUUCUCUCUCUCUCUCUCACUGGUACAAAUACGAUGUGUAUCACAGUCAGCUAUUUCAGCUUUUUCUUCCCGAAUUAAUUAUCUUCUUCCAAUUUUUAUGAUUAUCAGUGAAAAAGCGUCUUUUUGUUGAUUAGUUGCUAAUCUUGUUCCUAAUUAUAUACAGUGUGAAUUUUAUAUUUA